CAUGUGCGUCAAGAAAUACUGAUUACACAAAUACAAUUACUAAUGAAUAUUAUUUAGAAACGUCUUUUGUAAAAUAAGUUAAUAAAUGAAAAAUUAAAAUUCUUAAUUGUCGAAUUGUUGGAAAUGAAUUCAAUUAGAGAAUGUAUAUCGUUACAAUUUGGUAACUAUUCCAAUUUUAUUGGAACUCAUUUCUGGAAUCUUCAGGAAGCUAGUUUUAGCUAUGAUUUAAAUAAUCAAAAGCCGUUAGAAAUUUGUCAUGAUAUCUUGUUUAGAGAAGGAUUAAAUCUCAAGGGCGAUGUGACUUACACACCUCGCUUAUUAUGUGUCGAUCUUAAAGAUAGCUUUUAUCAAUUGCAAGAUAUACAUAAAGGUUUAUAUGAUAUUGAUAGUAACACUGUUUGUAAUGAAGAUUUAUGUACUAAAGAAAUAGCAACUAUAAAAAAUGAACCAAUUAUUCCAAAUGAAUUUUUAACAGAUUUAGCCGAAGAAGAAAAAUGUACAAAAGAUGAAAAUGAUAAAAAAAUAAAUACAAGCAAAAAAUUUUAUAAUUUGGAUACCAUAGUUAAAGUUUGGUCAGAUUAUUUGAAAGUUCGAUUUCAUCCUAGAACAAUAACUGGUCUUACUCAGUACAAACACAAUGAUUCAAUCAACACCUUUGAUAAUUUUGCACAAGGACUUGCCCUAUGGGAUUUGUAUGACAUGAAAGAAACAUGGGUUAAUAAUUUAAGAUUAUUUGCAGAAGAGUGUGAUUAUUUACAGGGAUUUCAAGUAACGAUGGAUUCUUUGAAUGGUUUUGGAGGUCUAGCUAGUAAAGCACUUGAAUAUUUGAAUGAAGAAUACUCAAACAAAUGUGUUAUUUCUAUGCCUGUUAUGUCUAGCAAUCAAAUAGACAAUAAAAAAAAUCCAGAUUUGUAUGCAGUAAAUUCAUCAUUAUUAUUCUCAUCAUUAAUUGAAUCUUCAAAUAUUUUCAUUCCAUUAAGUACUUCAUAUGAUGGAUGGGCUCGUGGUACAAAUCAUCUAAAUUUAGAAUAUAAUUGUUAUAAAAAUGAAUUGGAUUAUCACACUAGUGCAAUUUUGGCAUCAGCUAUUGAUACAUUUACACUAGGUUAUAGAAAUCGCUUUGAUUGUAAUUCUAUGAAAAACUUAUCCACAAAAUUAUCUCCUAUUGGAAGGAAAGCAAUAUCUGCUUCUAUACAAAUGCCACUUGGUUUUAAUUAUAAAUCCAAUUUGUUGGAUUACUUACAAGAUAUAAAAGUACCUUUGUGGAAACCAGUUUCUCCAAAUUGUUCAACAGAUAUGUCUGUAGCCCAGUUGAUGGUUUUAAGAGGAAUAAAUAAGCAUUUACUUUAUUCUAGUAAUUUAGUAAGAGAGUCAAAAAAUCCUUCUCAUCAUUGCAAUUCAGCUAGUGAAAUGCUGAAGUUAUAUUUGUCUUUUUGUGAUCAAAGUGUCAGAUGUACUGAAGUAUUAGGAUUUGAAUCGCCUCUUGAAACAAUUGCACCGUUUCCCAACAUUUUUUCCAAACUAAUUAACCAAGAUGGAUUUUUGACACAAAUUGCUAGACCAUCAUCAUCAGUUGUGGAAAAAUGCACGGCAAUUAGCGGUUUACAUAAUAGCAAUUCAAUGGGUGAUAUGCUGGCGAAGUUAAAUCGUGAUUCGAGUAAAGUUAAGGGCUCCAAAUUAAGUCAAAUGUUCAAUUACAACAUCGACAUAGUUGAUUUUAACGACUGUUUAGAACGUUUACUCGUCUUAAGUGAUAAUUAUUCAACCAACGAUUGUCUAUAAUACGCUAAUUUCUUUUUCAAUUGUUGUCUAAAAAUAAUUCUACUUACCAUUAUUGUAAAUAAUUGAAUUUAAUUUGCUUAAUUUUAAAAUUUUAUAUUGUUAAAGACCCUACUACAUUGUUAUAUUUAAUUAUGUUAUAUUUUCUUGUUGCCCGUGUACCCAUUGAAGAUCUAUCAAUAUCAUUACAAUCAAAUGUAUUAUUAAUUUUAACAUUAAAUAAACGCUUUUUUUUUCAA